AUGGAAGCACCCAAAAAUCAUUACAAUGGCGGCAGAGACUGGCACUCUUGCUCAAUGCCUUCAAAUGCAGAACCAAUAUCUACCGCCACAGAACCCCGAAAUGAGCUCACUUUGGGCUGGGCCCACGUGGCAUCCUUGGCGGAAGUGGAACAUGUGGCCAAGUCCUUGACCAAAGACAAGGACCAAGUGCUGUCAGUGCAUGAUGUGAUCGUCUCUUGUGUGACGGCCGCCAUUGCAAGACAAAUGCAAGAGCAUCAAAUGAAAUACGAACUGGACUCGCGAGGAGAAGAACGAAACGUGACGAUUCCAAAACAGUUUACUGUCAUGAUGUUGAAUCCUGGCGUGGGAAGAACUUUGUUGGAUAAGAAGAACAAGAUAGUACCUGGUGGGUCGUUGAUUGCACCUGUUCCCAGCGAUUCCACAAUCACUGCGGCUCAAAGGCUUGAACUUGUACGCGAGUCUUUCCAAGAGGCAUGCCCGCAAACCCCAGUGGUGGCGGGCAUGGCAGCUCUUGGAUCCAAGUGCCUCCCCUGCGACAGUAGUAUGCUGGAUCAAAUGGCGGGGCACAAGCCACAUGCUGCCUGCUUGGUUUGUCAUUCUCCCAAGUCAGUCCCUCAAAGCGGAUUCACUUGGGUGGCCGACAAGUGGAAGUUGUGCAGGAGUUUAGUCCUCUGA